GAGUGCAUCUUCUAUAAAAGCGCUUGCCUUUCUCCCGCCCGCGACUCCUUGGAACGUUGUCGCCUUCGUCAACCGUUCGUCUAGCCACAAUGUCGAAUAAGAUUGUGCCUCCCAUUUACCGAGCUAUCAUAGACGAUGUCAUCCAUGCGAUAAAACCAGAGUUCGAUGAAUACGGAGUUAGCGAAGAAGUUCUCGCUGAGCUGCAUCAUAAAUGGCAGACGAAAGUCAUGCAGUCGAAUGUGGCAGAGUUCGAGACGCCGCCCCCUGCCCCACAGAUGCCUUCUCAUCCGUAUCCUCCUCCGCAUACCAUGCAUAUGGUGCCACAGCAUUAUCCGUCGCCUUACAUGCAUCACUCGGGCCAGGGGCAGCAGCCUCAGGUGAAAACAGAACCAGUUGAUGGUCGGUACAUGCUGGGCCCUCAGGGCAUGCCGCCGUACGCGCUGCCUACGUUGCCUGGCCCUCAAAUACCAGGCGGCCCAAGACCGCCUCCCCAGCAACCUGGAAUGAUGGCGUUUCCGCCUGGCGCUCCUCCGGCAGGCGCUCGCCCGUAUGCUCCUCCUGGUCCCCAACUUCAAGUAGGAGGACAGCAGCAGCAGCCUCAGCAGCAGCAGUCGCAACCACAGGCCCAGCCGCCUCAACGGCCCUCACCGCCUCAGCGCAUACCACAGACUGACGGCCCAUCUUCAUCUUCGUCUGAUUCGCCUUCACCGCCUCCCUCGCAUGCUCCUCGAUCCACGCACCCGUCGCUGCCCACUAUGCCGUCAGCUUCUCAGUCCACGACUGCUGAAGAUGACGAGGCCAUCAACAGUGAUCUGGAUGAUUCCGAUACGGAGGAGGAAGACGAGAAUGACGAAGGAGGUUCAGGUGACACUGAUAUCGUCUUCUGCACGUACGAUAAGGUCGCAAGAGUGAAGACGAAAUGGAAGUGUAUCCUGAAGGACGGCAUAGUCCAUGUCAACGGUAAGGACUACCUGUUUUCGAAAUGCACAGGCGAGUUCGAGUGGUAACGACGCUCAUGGAGAAUCUUGGUACUCGGUGUAAUAUCUCAUUUCAAGUCGAUUUUGCAUUUGAUGCAACCCCCACUUGUGCAUUCCACGAACCCCUAUGUAACCGCGCACGUCCUCGUAUGGAUUCCGAUACAGCAAUACAUUACAUUCUAUUACAUC